AAGUGAGGAUGAGACGCCAAAGUCUGUGGUUACAUUUUAGGACCGGGGAUUAUUCAUUGCGUUUUCAUUUAAGAACUUGAAGCCUCUAGGAUCCUCUCAAACGUGUUGUUGGCUUUUGAAGAUAAUGCAGUUUAAACUUACUUGUCACAUUCAUAAACCUUUUCAAUCAAGUUCUUUUUAAGCGUCCAGUUAUUCAAUGGAGCAAGUGUAUUUGGAGGACGAUAACUCAACUUUGUGGAGCACGGUGAUAGAUGGUCUCCCUUUCUGCAUUGACUGGAAGGAUGAUGUGGAAGGUGCCGUCUGCCAUCUCGCCAAUAUUUUCUUAGUUUUGGGUUUCAUGGGAGGAAGCGGGUUCUAUGGGCUUCUUUACUUGUUUUUCUUUGUGGCACUUGGUUUUCUCUGCUCGUCGAUUUGGGCAUGGUUAGAUGCGUGUGCAGCAGAUACUUUUUCGUGGAAUUUCAGCCUUUUUGUGAUCUGUCUGCUUCAAAUCGUCCACGUAGCAUAUCGUCUCCGGAGUGUCACCUUUGAUAAAGACUUACAAGAUCUUUAUGGUUUUAUGUUCAAAAAACUGGGGGUGUCCCUUACCGCUUAUGGGAAGAUAGUUUCUUGCUCCGAAGGACAGAUCCACACUAUCGAAAAAGACCAUUGCUAUGCAAUGGAAGGCAAAACGGCAAUUGAGAAACUUUCCAUUCUUUUGUCUGGAAGAAUCCAGGUAACGGUUAACGGUGAGUUUUUACACUAUAUUUACCCCUACCAGUUCCUUGAUUCACCAGAAUGGGAUUCUCUCAGGCCAUCAGAAGAGGGGAUGUUUCAGGUUACACUGACAGCCGACACUCAUUGUCGAUAUGUAGGCUGGAGGCGUAAAAAACUUUAUUUACUGUUUGCAAAGAACCGUUAUAUCGCCAAAGUGUUCUCCCUCCUGGUCAGGAAUGACAUAGCAGAUAAACUCUACUCACUCAGCGACAAGGCCUAUGACAGCAAUGGAUUUCGAUAUGAUCUCAGAUUACCCAAUUUCUGUCACGUGGUUGUCCCGGAUUUAGAAAAUGGCGGAAGUGCAGAGCAAAAUGUGACCUCUUGUGAAGACUGGAAAGAAGUCCACCACUUUGUGUUCCACAUGGCUAAUCUCUGUUUUGCUGUCGGCCUUAUUAUCCCAACUACGUUCAACCUGCAUAUGAUAUUUUUGCGCACCAUGCUGAUAAUAGGAUGUGCACUUUUUAUUGCCUGGGCAACCCUGUACAGAUGUGCCUUGGAUAUCAUGAUUUGGAAUUCUGUGUUCCUUGUUAUGAAUUUCAUGCAUUUCCUGUACCUCUUAUACAAAAGAAGACCUAUUAAAAUUGACAGGGAGCUGAAGUCUGUCUACAAAAGAAUGUUCGAGCCCCUUCAUGUACGUGAGGAUAUGUUCCAGAGGUUGACCGGUCAGUUUUGUACCAUCCAGUCUCUGAAGAAGGGACAGGCAUAUGCUGCUGAGGAUAAGACAUCUGUUGAUGACAGGCUGAGCAUCCUGCUCAAGGGAAAAAUGAAGGUAUCGUAUCGUGGGCAUUUUCUUCAUAAUAUUUACACCAAUGCCUUCAUUGACUCUCCAGAGUUCAGGUCAACCCAGAUGAACAGAGGCGAAAAAUUUCAGGUAACUAUUACUGCUGAGGAAAAUUGCAAGUUCUUGUGCUGGUCAAGAGAACGCUUGACAUAUUUCCUGGAAUCUGAACCUUUCUUAAAUGAAGUGUUUCGAUAUCUCAUUGGGAAAGAUAUUACAAAUAAGCUGUACUCACUGAAUGAUCCCACGCUGAAUGAUAAGACAGCUAAAAAAAUUGACCGCCAACCAAGCCUGUGCUCCCAGCUGUCCAUGAUGCAGAUGAGGAACAGCAUGGCCAGCACAAGUGAAACUGAUGAUGUGUUAAACCAGUUCCUUCGCGGCUCAACAGCAUCUUCGCUUCACAAGUCCCCUCACACAAGGCCUGGAAAAAUGAAUCCAAUUGAAGAAGCUAUUGAAGAUGAUGUCUUUGAGCCUGCUACUCCAGUCAGACGCUCACCCCCAAGACAUGGCAAUGAGACCUCUGCUGAAGAGGUUUAGUAGGUGUAAAUCAGAAAUUCAGCUGAUGUUAACCUUAUGGAAGUUUACUGUGGUAUUUAGUUCUAUUUUCAGUUAACUAUUUUCCAAAGGUUUAUUAUGCCUUUACUUCCCAUUUAUCUUGCUUUGGUGUUGUUUUCUUUGGUUAUCAAGCUUUUGCGUUCUAGGUUUUGGCAUACUUUCAGCAGGAUUUAAACUGGCUUUAAUAAACUUCACUUUUUUAUUGUGAUACACCACUGUAAACUUUUAUUAAGGAUUUGUGUUGUACAUUUUCUCCUAUCAUAAAGGUCUAGGUCUUUGUUAUCACAUCUAAAAAAUGGAUGCAAUUUUUGAGUGACAUAUACAGCAAUGUGUAAAACUGAAUAAUCCCAAUAUUAAAGUUUAGUGUAUGUAUGAUAGAUACCCACUUUUAUAUCUAGAUCUAGAUCCAGAUAUGUAUGGCAGAGUUCCCCUAUAGCUAUUCAGUCAAUUGCUGAGUGAUUGAAUAGCAGAUGGAAAACUCUGAAUGAGGAAUUCUUAAAUACACUUAGAAAAUAAUUGAUAAAAGUUAAAUAAAAAGUAUUACAAAAUAUUUUAAAAAAUCACAUAGCACUCUUUGACAGGUAGUUUGUAAUAAAAAAAACCCUGAUCUCAGAGGAGAACAGUAUUACUCAGGCCUAAUCAAUAGUGCCAAAGUUUGGAUCACAGUGGUAUUCAUGGGAAUUACCAAUUUCUUUACUAUGAGCUAGAUAAAUACAUUUAUUUUUUAAUAGAGAAGAAAAUUAAAAUGUAAUUUCCAUCAUAUUGCACUAUAUAUACUGAAUGAAUUAAUUUAUAUUUGUUCUUUAUUUUUUCAGUAAUAAAACUGCAGCAUUUACUCUAAUGGUUAUAUGAAAAAGAAAUUAUAUGACAAGCAAGUCAAAAAUAUAUCAUGAGAUCUUACAAAAUCCUUGUUUAUGUGUAUGUUUACAAAUACACAAACACAUACAUACAGUACUGAUGUUUUGGAGAUUGUAUAAUUAUAUUACCGUACUUUCCUCCUUAGAAAACAUGUAAUGCUGUAGUCUACAGUAAGUUCAACAGCCAUAGACUGGUGUGAUUCUAGUUUCACAGAUCAUAACAUAGAAUUACAAAUUGUCCAACAAUUUUCUCAGACUACAAAAGCUAUUCUUGACUUUUUUGUUUAAAGCCUUCAAAUAAUUGUUCUAAGUCUGGAAUUUUUCUGAAAUUCACUGAAAAAAGGAGGCGUAAAGUUUCAGGCCUCUUUGAGAAUAUAGUAUACUAUAUAUUGUGUUGGGUGAAAAUGUGUGUCUGUGUAUCUCAGAUAUUAAUAAUACCAUUUUUUGUAUCUUUUCAAAUAAUAUUUUUACCUAUUUGGCUUCCAAAUGAACCUACAUGUACAAGCACCUACAUGUACAGUAUGUGGGCGAUUUACAUCAACUGUGCAAAACGUACUGUAAAUAAUGGGGAAGAGUCCUGCUUCUAAAAAUAGUAAAUUAGCUCAGCUUGCAUCUUGUGCUGUAUAGAUUUUAUAAUGUUUCUAAAGCAACCACCUCAGAUAAUGUGGGAUACAUAUGAUUACCAUAAUAGCCUCAUUAUGUCAUAAAAGUACACUCAAACAGUAUACUAAAAUAACACAUGUGAAUUAUUUGACCUCAAGUUCACAUUUCUAUUAACACCCUUUCUUAGUUACUGAAGUGAAAACAAAUUCAAACGCAGCAAAAGCUUCUACUGGAGUUAUUAGGAAAACCUGAAGGAUCACAUUGUUUGCAUUUUUUGUCCUCAAAUCAGUUUUUAAUAUUCAAACCAUCAUAAAUAAAUAUGACCUUACUGGUUUGAGAGUGAACAUUGUGACAAAUACAAUGCUGUCAGUGAACACCAGGUGUAAAAUGUGCAAUUUAGACACUGUAAAGACAAAAUAAAAAUAAGACUAAAAGCCAAACAACUUAAAAGAACUUACUAAAAAUACAGAAAUCAUUUUUUUUUCUACGUAAGGUUUACAGUCUGCAUACAACUGGCUUAGUUUAAAUUAUUGCUUUUGUAAUAACAAUUUUGGACCCCUUAGCGCACAAGGUGUUUUUCAGAGAUACAGGACCACACAAUUCUCCAGUUGGCAUGGAACCCAUUAAUUAUGUAUAAGGGAAUGUACUGUAUGUAGUAAUGAUUAGGUGGCUACAUUUGAAUACUUCUUAUGUAGAAGAAAUGGAAAAACAGCAUUACAAAUAUUUUGCUAUUUAUGAAGCAUUGUAAUGGACUAAUAAGACAACAACUUUGUUAACAGGAAAGUACAUUUAUCAGUCUGAAUUUUUGCACUCAAUAAGAAUUAAGAAGAUAGAAAAGAAGAUUAAUUUAAUUAGGUCUGAGGAUGUCAUCAUCUGUCCCGCAGGAUGGUGACAUUUUAAUAGACGAAAUUAGUUUUUUUGUUCUUGACCUAUUUUUUUGGAAUAGGCAAAAGCCAAUGGUGGAGAAUAAACAAAAUUAGAACUGGGUAAAAGGUGCCUUAUUGAUUACAUAGUCCCUUGCAAAAGUAUACUGACUUGUCUCAAGUCCUGUUUUAUAAAAUUUAAAAUGACGCAAAACACACAUAUUGUAUUCAAAAACUCAAACUGAAGACUUCUAUGUAUAAGAAAAUUUGCAAACUAAAGAAAAGAAAGUGAAACCUUAGUAUUCAGACCCAUAAACUCAAUAUUUGAUGGAUGCAACUUUGGCAGCAGUUAUAGGCACAUGUGUUUUCGCUAUAUGGCUACCAACAUUGGACACUGGCUUUUUGCUAGAUUUGCUCAGGCUCUCUCAAGUUGCUUGGGGAUCGAUUAUAGACAGGAGUUUCUUUCCAAAGAUUCUCAAUAGGAUUUAAGUCAGGACUUUGACUGGGCCACUCAGGGACGUUCACUUUCCUAUUAGCAAGCCACUCCAGUGUACAGUAGCUUGGCUUUGUGCUUCAUUAUCCCACUGAAGUUUUGUCCCAGUUUUAGGUCUGAAGCAGGUUCUCCUCUAAGAUUUGCUAGUAUUUUGCUCAAUCUAUGUUCCCAUCAUUCUCGAUAAACCAGAACAUCAGUAUAAUCCUGCUUGACAAUAGGGAUGGUUCUCACUCAAUGAUGCCCUGUCUAGGGUAUGUCAGAUUUAACUUUGCAUUUAGAAGUUUUCAGUGUUAUCUUUUCUGUACACAGGACAUUUUGCCAAAUACUUGCAGCAUCAGUUAGGUGUUUUGUUGUAAUUCUGCGCAGGAUUUGACAUGUUAUUUUUACACGACUAUACAAACCCUGUUGCGGAGGGUUUGGGGUAUUUCUGACCCUUGGACAUUUUCUCUCAUCUCUGCCUAUGAACUCUGUAACUCUUUCAAAGUUGCUGUUGGCCUCAAAGUGGCAAUCCUAACCAGUGUCCUCUUCCCAACUGCUUCAUUUGGAGUGACAGCCUGAUCUAGGCAGUGUCUGGGUGCCUUCCACUUUAAAAUGUUCUAAAUCGCCAAGCUCAUAGAGGCAUUAAGAGUCUCAUUAUCCCUGAGCUGUUUUGACAGAUUCUCUGUCUUCAUGGUUAAAUCUUUGUUUGAAAUUCACCACUUUACAUAGAUAGUAAUUUUGUACAACAUAAUUAAUUUAGGUUUGCCAGAGGAAAUGGUUUACAUACAGCACUUAUGCAAUUAGCAUUUUUCUUUUAUAUUGUCUACAGUGUUUACUUAAUUUUACAUUUGUUUGCUUUGAAUGUGUGGACUAUGUUGUGUAUAUAUACAUCCAUCAAAUUUCUAACCAUUUUAUCCAGUACAUGGUCAUGGAGGGGCCAGAGCUUAUCCCAUCAAGCAAAGGGUGCACAGGGCAGACACAGAAACAAACACAGACACACAUUCACACCAAGGCCAAUUUUCCCUGAAGCCAAUUAACCUCCCAGUAUGUCUUUGGACUGUGGGAUGAAACCUAUAUGAAUGAGAGUAUAACACACAAACUCUGGUUGUGUACAGUAUAUAACAAAUACUGAUUUCUUCUUCAAAGUGUCAUGUCCACAAGCUGCAAGGGUCUGAAUACUUUUUCAAGGUUCAAAUUUAAAUGUGAAUUGAAAAAGAAUAAACUCUUUGUAAAUCAUACUUCCAUUGAAUAUAUUUUUUCUCUGAAAGUUAAAUACAUUAAUAUUACAUAAUAUGGUAACACUUUAAAGAUUAUUCCUAGUUUGAUUUAUAAUAUUAAAAUUGCAGUAAUGGAUGCUAGGAUCAAAACCUAGCAAUUAACUUUAAAAUACCCUUAUUUUGUUUUACUCUUUGCUGUGUGUACUGUAUUUAUGUGUGACAGUGGUAUUAAUUAAAAUCCUAAAAUGAAAAUAUGCCAUAAUAUUGUAGAAUUAGACUUCUUUCAUUUUAAUGUUCUAUGUUAAUUUUUGUUACUGCUACCAUCAAAUAAAAGGAUGAGGACAUAAGGCAUUGUAGAUGGAAAAUUCCACAAAAUUACCAUUCAUUAUAUGGUCAAGGUUUGAUGUAAAUUGCAGCCAAAUAGACCAAAAACAAAAAGAUUGAGAAAAAGUGAUGGUUUUAUGGUUUUACACUUUAUGUUACUUGUAUACCAUUUUUUUCACUAGAAACACAAAUGAAAAGUUAAACUGUUAUAUUGAUGAAAAUGUGCACUGUAAAACACUGUUUUUAAUAAAACAAGUCAAAUUGAA